CCAUUUUGGCUUCAUGGCGCCCAAGCGCAAGGUUGGGGCCGCGCGCCAGCCAAGCGAGGCUGACGCCACCACACUGAGCCACGUGUGGUCGCACUUCAUCGAGGAGCCCGACACGUUGACGUACGCGACCGACCUUGACGCCGCGCGCGACGAGGACACGCUGUCAAAGUUCCAGAAGCUGAUCAUUGAGACGAGGGCGGCGCUGCUUAUCGUGGCGAACGCGAAGGAAGAGAUAUGGAAACUUUCCAAGGAGAACAAAUCGUGGGCUGACGACCGCGCGCGCGUGAUGCGGGCCAUGCUGCGGCACGUCGCCAAGCCCGCGGCCGGCGACGACAGCAAGCCAGCGGCCAGCGACGGCAGCAAGCCAGCGGCCUACGACGACAGCAAGCCAGCGGAGGUCGACGACAGCAAGCCAGCGGAGGUCGACGACAGCAAGCCAGCGGAGAGCGCGAAGAAGCUCGUCAGGGCCAAGGCCUCGACCUUCACGAACGAGGAGAUGGUCACGGAGCGCGGCUAUAGACUGGGCUACGAGAAAGAAAUGCAGGGCAGCAAGAUGCUCGUUGCCGUCUGGGCCGACAAGUUUGAGCCAGACGGUGCGCCCAAGCACACCAAGGGGAACAACGUCUUCUGGCGCGGCACCCACCGCGAGACGGGCAACGAGGUGUUGGGGCGCUGGGUCAUCAAGACUGGCAAGUCGUGGCUGCAGAUCUGGUGCGAGAACAUGCAGUUCAUGCAGAUGAUGGGGUAUACAAACGAGGAGGGUGCCAAACAAUUUGUGAUUCAGUGCUGCAAGGCGUUCGCUGCUGGCGAGAAGGACAAAACCCAGUGCGAGGACAUGGAGCGAGAGUUUCUGGCUACUGACAAGAAGACGGCGAGGGUGAAGAGACCCGCGGCGGCGGCCGACAAGCGACCAGCGGUUGCCGAGCCCGAGGGCGCCGACGCGGAUCCGAAUGAGAAGAAGGAUGACGCUGAUUCAGAGAGUGGCCAAGUGAGCAGCGCCGCCUCGGAUUCAGAGUCUGUUUCGAAGAAGGCGAAGGUGUGCAAGCCUUCGCCCGAUUCCAAGCUUGAGCCUGCGGCAACCAAGGCCUUGCUUUCAAUGUCACCGCGCAAGGGCGCGGUGACUCCCGAGCCGCUGGCCAAGCGUUCACCGCCGCCUGCGUCUGCGCUCGUGGUGCCGCCUGCGCCCGCGGUGCCGCCUGCGCCCGUGGUGCCGCCUGCGCCCGUGGCGCCGCCGAUGUCGCCGAUUGAUGACGACUUCUGA